AUGACAAGCUACUUGGUUGGUACUCAAAAAACAAAUAUUGUACUCAUCACACAUCAACCUCAAAGACGCAAACUAGGAACUAUCAAGUAUAUUUUUGGGACUGAGCAUGAAGUGUCUGUUGUUCACCAGGAAUGGUUAUCUAAGCCGGCCAAGGCACGAGGCCGGCCUAGAAUUAUAUUGGAUGGACUGACUGAAGAACAGGCCACUCACUCACUCGCAUCCCUUUGGACUUUGACCAACAACACCAACAAGGCAGUUACAAACGAAAGACAAGAGCGUUUGCAGGAGCUACGUCAACGAGAAGAAGAUAAGGAAGAGCAGCGUAACCAAGCCCUUCAGGACGAGGAAGAAGCAGCUUGCUUAGAAGAACGAAAGAAAAUAAGCAUAAAUGCAGUAAAAGACCCCAAGGUGUCCCCAGUUACCAAAGACGAGCACCUCACCUGGGAAGAAUUCAACGAGGCAGCAGCACAUAUCAUCAAUUACAUGAGAGCUCAUGACUGGCCAGUUGAACAAGUCAGCAUGUUCAUCCAAUAUUGGUGGCAUCUAGCAAUCAGCACAGGACAAACAUGGAGUCUCGAGGAGAUCAAUCAAGAUCUCCUACUGGAAGCACACAAAGAGCUGUUCAAUGAGCAAUGCGAGAAACAAACAGUGAUGGCAAUUCAGGUACAACAAUUCAGAGAGGUUUCUGGACCAGGCUCAAGGCUCAGAGGAGAGGAAAUGUCAUAA